ACAUCAAGCUCAUCGCACUUUGUUGUGUACAUAUCUCAUCCUAUCUUCACAGAAACAUGUCAGGAAAAGUUUUCGUGGUAUUUGCACUGCUGGUUGCACUGCUUGUGUCUGGAGCAGCUUCCUCACCUGAAACCGGAGAAACUGAGAAGACAAAUGUUCUCAAGCAGCUUCUAGCCAAACAUGAGAUGGCGAAAGACUCGGCUGGAAGACAGAGGCAAGCACCCCGCACUCACUCUGCACGGGUGGAACGACGGGCGCACCUUUCACAUGAUGAACGCGAGAUAAUGACCAAACAAAUAAUGCAAGCAAUUUCAGAGCUGAUGAACUCCGAGUGCAUGACGGAUCGGGACUACCAGGGCUGGGUGGAUUUUGGCCGCCGGGACACAGAAUGAGGCACAUCACAACAGCUGGAGAGCUCACGCACUGCUUUUUUGUUCAGGUUUUAUAAAAAAGUGGACGUUUACUUCCCAUGCAACUUUCGAAAUAAACAGUUUUGCAGAUUUAUUGCACUCGCUUUUAUUCAAUAUCUUUGGUGAUGAGUGGACGGAGAGUCAAAAGUGAACUUGGUGGAAAUGAAAACAUUUAUUCACAGGUGGUACAGUUUAUGCACACACUGACAUGUAGAGUUACAGCAAACAACAGGGCACAGAAACAGUGGUUUAGUUAAUUUAAGUAGAAUCACAAAUCAUCAUAAUCUCUGUUUAUGAAUUCUUCCCUUUUAAAUCCACAUUAUCCUGUGCCACAUUAUCAAGAGCUGUUUGAUCAACCAGAGUGGUGCUGUUUAAAUUAUCAUGAUAACUCGUGUACUUAUUAAAUACUACUUAUUGCGCUUAAUGUCACAGAUAUCACUCUGAAAUGCCCAGCAUGAUUUCAGUUAAAUUUAAAUCCCAGUGGUUUAAAAAUUCCCGAUGGCAUGAUUUAUACAGCAGAUUUCUACAAACAAAACUUUGAGUCACUGCAGUCGACAUGUUGCUUCACCGUCUUCCAUGCAACAUGCAAAUGUGAUUUGGUUUUGGUGAGGUUUGGCUCAGAAGUCCACAAAGGCGUAACUUUAAACAGCUUAGAGGUGAAAUGGAAGUGUGCAUGUGAGAGCAAGUAAUGGACUGCAA